CACACACACACACACACACACACACACACACACACAAGUUUCCUGUGUCUCACUACUCUGUCCACAGGUUAGAUGUUGAUGGUGUAUGGAGCGUCCUCCCAUCUCUGUCCCACAGUCACGUGAACUCCAAACGUCUGAGUUUGAUCAGUCCCACUAAACUAGACGUCCUGCUCUUACUGGAGUAUAAAUAUGACAUCAUCAAAGAGCGACUGUACAGAGAGAUGCUUCAGGACGAACACGGUGUUGGAUGGUUGGAGUCGUUGGAACCCUUGGAGCAGACAGAUUGUGUGUAUGAUUUGGAACAGAGAGCAGAAGAGGCUUUGGAGCAGAGUGAUGUGUUGUGUGUGUGUGAGCUGCCUGGUGUUCUUCACUGCUACACGAGCGCUGAUGAGGUGAAGGAGGAGGUGUGGACGUCCUCACCUCAGGGACAGAGCUGGACAUCGGCCAUCUUCCUCUGUGAACUCCGCUCUCACUAUGACCAGGAGAGACGCUCUCUCACUCAGCUGCUCAACAGAGUGGAGCGACUCGUCCUGACUGAGAUUUAUCUGAGUGUGUAUGUUGGUGUGAGGAGAGCUGAGAGAGAAACACACACACACACGGCACUGCUGACCUCCAGGCAACACUGGGAAGACUGGCCGUGUCUGAGGUGUUUGGAUGUUGAGGAUUUAGUGAAAUUCUGGCUGCAGGAAAAACAGGAUCCAUCUACACAGCUCAGAACUGAGUGUACAACAUCACGCUGUGUACGACAGGUCCUGAGUCAAAACACACACACACACACACACACACACACACACACACACAGUGUGUGGUUUAUUACCCAGCAGGCCGUGCUGCAGUGUGUGUGGUUUAUUACCCAGCAGGCCGUGCUGCAGUGUGUGUGGUUUAUUACCCAGCAGGCCGUGCUGCAGUGUGUGUGGUUUAUUACCCAGCAGGCCGUGCUGCAGUGUGUGUGGUUUAUUACCCAGCAGGCCGUGCUGCAGUGUGUGUGGUUUAUUACCCAGCAGGCCGUGCUGCAGUGUGUGUGGUUUAUUACCCAGCAGGCCGUGCUGCAGUGUGUGUGGUUUAUUACCCAGCAGGCCGUGCUGCAGUGUGUGUGGUUUAUUACCCAGCAGGCCGUGCUGCAGUGUGUGUGGUUUAUUACCCAGCAGGCCGUGCUGCAGUGUCUGGUCCAGUGUCAGGAGCAGGAAAGGAAAACACUUGUGGAGAUUCUACAUACUGUCUCACAGGAGGAGCUGCAGGAGCAGAGAGACACAAUCACACCUAACACCAACACUGCAGGAAUAACAGAUUGGGCUCUGAGACGAGGUUGUGUGUCCGUCCUGAAGCAGAUUAAAUUCUCUCUACAGAGCAGCUCCACACACUCUGCAUCGUGGGACGACUGCGCUGUUUAUUUACUCACUCAGCUCACACACACACACCACCAGGAAGUCCAGACUGUAAUACACACACUUCCAGUCAUGGAUGCUGCUACUCUUCUGGUUCUGCUGCACAAAUACGAACUUGAGUUGCGUUCACCAAAAUUACACAACCUACACGUUUUACUGCAGACAUCCUGCAAGGAGAACGCACAGAGUAACAUCUCUGUAACCAAUGAACAGAGACGGAGCUCGUCGUCAGUUACUGAGGAACAAGAAAUCUGCACAGGCUGUGGUGUUGUCCUCGCCCCUGAGGAUGCUCCGUAUUUAGAGAUCCUUGGUGUGGGAGAGAAGAAAAAGGAUGAGAGGAGAGAAGGAAGAGAGGGAGAAGAGGCGGGGAGAGAAAAAAGAGGAGAUGAGGAGGAAAGAAGAGAUGGAAGCGAACAAGAAAAGGAAAGAGAAGGAAGAGAGAAAGAAGAGGAGGAGAGAAGAGAAGGAAGAAAAAUAGAAGAUGAGAAUAAGAGAAAAGAAAGUGAGGGAGAGGUGGAAAGAGAAAGAAAAUCGGAAGACAAAGAAAAGAGGAGAAAACAAAAAGAGAUUGAAGAGGAGAAUAGGAGAGAGGAAAGAGAGGGAGGGGAGGAGAGGAAAGUGGAUGCUGUAGAGAAACAGGCCUCGCUGAUCACACUGGCCUGGAGCAAGCCAGCCAAUAACAAUACACAGGAAGUGAGCUCAGAUCUACCUGAAGCACAUACGACAGAGGUGGCGUCUGCAGAACCACACACUCUGGACCACACACACUUUGUGUCGUCCCUGUGUGAACACACGCCGCCUGCACACACACACACACUCGUGGAGCCUCUACAGGAGCCGUCUACGUCCAGCAUGGACAUUCAGAAUGAGAUCAUGAGCGAUGAACACAGAACAUCAUCAGCAGGUCUGAAACUCGACUCGGAGAACUUGUCUGCUCCGGGCGACACACACACACGGGGUGCAGCGCGUCAAGCAGUGUGUGACGAACAGCAGCUCCAGCGAGAAGCCACCAUGCGCAGCCUCGUCGACAUCCAAAGAAAAGCAGAGCAACGCUGGCAACAAGACAGAGACAGACAAAUCCUUAGAGUUCAGGAGCGACUGUCAAUCAUUCACAACAGGAAGUCAGAUGAGGACCUGCUGGGGCUGAGACGUGAGGAAACAUUCAGACACCUGGCCAGCACACUGCAGCAGGAAGAUGAGAAGCAGCAGAAGAUGUUGGUUAGAGAGAAACUGCAGCAGCUGUGGAGAGAACGUUCUUAUGUUCUACAGUCGAGAAGAGAGAGGAACACGACUGAAUUUAAGGAACUUCUCACACCUACAGCUCAGUGUGCUUCUAACGUAGAAGAUGUGCUCGACUCACACACACCUCAACACGUACACACACCCCGACAAGACCCCCCCACACACACGCGUAACCUUCCUUGACACCGCAGUCAUGUUUGCAGCCCUCUGUUUCCUGGCCCUACUAACAACUCCCCCAGGCUUCCCCAGGCUGCGCAGGUGUGGAACGUUGGUCACUAUUUUGAUGUAAAUGCAGUUUGACUUCCAGGCACCAGGGGGCACUAAACAUUACAAACUGUAGCUUUAAUUUUUUUUACCUUUAAAAAGAUUUUUUUAAUGUUUAUAUAAUAUUAAAGGUGCAAUCAGUGAUUUUACCAUUUGGUCUCUGUGGUGCAUCAGACUAUAGAUCAAAGAAAGCUGAUGUAAGAUCAUCAACAUCCAGCCAAUCAGAACAAAGGGGUGUGUCUAUAUGUUACAUAAUAAUAUAAAGAUGCACGUUGUUCAAGCCUUGACUGUGUGUGUGUGUGUGUGUGUUUUGUGGCUGACUUUCAAAA